AUGCAUAUCCCGUCUUUCCGUCAGGCUGCCACCGUUGGCAUGGCCGUCUAUGCCAUCGCCUCUAUCGCUGCUCCAGUCGCCGAGCCUGAGCCUAUUGAUGCAGCUGAACUUACGGAGCGUGCCCCCGAAGCAGCUCCCAAUGGAGACGUGUUCUCUACUCUCAGUGAUGCUGUCGUCGCACGCAACGAAGCUAGCAUGAACGACGAUUUGGAGGCACGCGACAACAAGAAAAACGAGAACAAGAAUGAUCGCGGUCGAGAUGGAUAUCGUAACUGCAGGAGAGGUGGCAGAGGAGGCAGAGACAAAGAUUGCAACGGAUACGGCGGAUAUGGCGAUGACGAUGACUACAACUCCUACGGCAACGGGCAUGGAGGCCAAGGUGGAGACAACGGGUAUGGUGGUCGCGGCAAGGGACACGGCCAGCAGAAGAACGACAAUAAGGACGAUCAGCAGAACGGAAAAGAUCUCGGCAAGCGUGGAGAUGUAGGAGAUUAUGGCCAGGAGGGAGGAGAAGGAGGAUAUGGUAACAAGGGUGGUGGUUACGGGAAGGGUGGUGGCUAUGGAGGUGGUUAUGGAGGUAAGGGAGGCGGUUACGGCGGCGGCUACGGUCACGGAGGAGGAUAUGGUGGUGGUGGCUACGGCCAUGGAGGAGGAUAUGGCGGAGGAUAUGGUGGAGGCUACAAGAAGGGCCCGAAGAAGGGCCCCUGGCGCCGCGAUGUCGAGAACUUUGGUAGCCCCGACCCCUGGGAUUUCUACGACAACUGA